ACGGGAUCUACGUAUGGAAGACAACGCAUGUUUUGAUACCAUCGUGGUGGACUCGUACCAUAUCAGCGCUUUGUUUCACACUUUGAAGCCUACCAAGGACCGAUUUUGUCACGAAAUUACUCAUUCAAUUCUCCGAGACUACAGAGAGGCGAAAUGUUUGGUAAUCUCGUGAACAAGAACGCUCGCUCAGCUUUCAAAGAAUAUGGUGAACACUGUGGCGCGCUGGCGAACAUUGAAGUUGCUACCAGCUCCACAGAAAACCCACAUAACCCAAAGUUUGUGGCCGUUGCGAAACUUGGCGAUCGCGCCUUUCUUCCUGCCACGGCUUCAACAAAGAAGGAUGCUAAGGAAUACGCCGCAGAUCUGGCACUGCAAGAACUUGCUCGAGAACCCUAUGGCAGGUUUCAAGAGAAUAUAAAUGGAGGAGAAUUGCCAGAAAUCUCUCAUGGGUUUGUUGGAAGACGCAGAAAUGUUUACACUCGGAGGCAGCAUGCAAAGAUGAAGAGCACUGAGCUGUCAGCACCACCAGAUAAGGACCCUGUCAUGUUGCUUAAUGAAUUUGGACAAAAACGGGGUCAGCUGGUGAAGUUUGAAGAUGUCCAGUGUAUGUAUCCUGGGUUGUAUAAGGCUCAGGUUACUGUAGGAGAGGCAACAUUUGGACCAAAGUCAAGCUCCACAAAGAGGAUGGCAAGAAAGUUGGCAGCUAUUGUGGCGUUGAAAACUCUGAUGAAUUGGGAACCUGCAGAGGGUCUGUAUGAUACCCCAGAGGAAAGUCCUCACUGGUCUGUUAGUCCUGGUGGUCCUGCACAGAUGGCACAGGGAGACCCAGCCCAACGAAAAGCUGUGUUAUACAAAGAUCCUAUCAUGCUUUUAAAUGAGCACUGUCAGAGGAACCAGCUUAAGAUUUCAUAUGAAGAUCUUCCUCAUUUGGGCCCUGAUCACAAGAAGACCUUCUCAUGCCAAGUCAUAGUUGGAGAAAGGAGUUUUAAAGAAGGAUCCGGUCCAACCAAGAUUGUAGCCAAGAAGAAUGCAGCUAUACAUGCUUUGGAAAGCCUGUUUGACAUGCCUGUUGAAUUAGCUUCCAAGCCAGGCCAGGCUAAUCAGAUGAAAGUUGAUAGGCAUCCUGUCAGUAUUUUGAAUGAAUAUGGACAAAAGAAAGGAGUAAAGGUUGAGUUUGAAGACAUGGGUCAUUCAGGCCCUGACCACUUGAGGACGUUCAACUUCAGAGCAGUUGUGGGUGAGGUGACAUAUGACCCUGGAAAUGGUCGCAACAAGAAAGAGGCAAAGAGAGAAGCAGCAGCACUUGCUCUCCAAAGCUUAGGUUUUGAAGUCAAUGUUGAUUUAUCAAAGAAGACUCCCACUACUGCAGAAGAAACUUCAAUCCCUCCUGAAGAGCACAAACUUCCCUUAACUGAUGGUAACAGUGCAGUCAGCGCCUUGUAUGAGCUCUGUCAGGCCCAUCACUUACCUCACCCAGAGGCACAAGAAGUGCGACCAGAUGAAAAAAGAGACCCUGCCCUUCAUUACUGUGCUUACAAAGUUGGCGAGGAGCUUUACAAUGUGGGAGCUGGUCUGACUAAGAAGGCAGCCAAGGAAGCUGCUGCCCAACAUGCAGUGGCAUCUCUUUUAAAACUGAAGGGGGUCCACCAUAUCUACAACCCAGGGACCACCAGUGAAGGGGAUGAAAUUGCAGCGCUGUGUUGGAACCACCUGUCAAUUCUAAGUCGUGAUGCACCAGAGGGCUGGAGAUUUGCUGGGUACAAAGUUGUAGCAGCCUUUGUAAUGCAGGAUGGUGAUGACGCUCCUGGGGUUGUUGUGAGUUUGGGAACAGGAAACAAAUGCAUUAGUGGUGACCAACUGCGCAUGGAUGGAACAACAGUGAAUGACUCUCAUGCUGAAGUGAUUGCACGAAGGAGUCUGCUGAGAUUCUUCCAUUUCCAUUUGAGAGUCUUUUUCAGUGGACAAACAGAUGUGAAGAGCAUCUUUGUCCAGAAGGAAAGGCAAGGAAAGAUUCAGCUGAGGGAUGGGAUAAAGUUUCUUCUUUAUGUGAGCACAGCUCCUUGUGGUGAUGCUGCCAUCUUUGUGAAUGAAACUUGUUGCAGCUCUGAAGAUGCCACCGAAACUAAAGCAUUGUUUGGCUCCAGGCAGCAAGGACUCUUAAGAACAAAGGUGGAGAAAGGAGAGGGAACAAUACCACUGGAUCCUCAGGAUGGUAUUCAGACUAUUGAUGGAAUCCACAGUGGUCAGCGGCUGCGUACUGCCUCAUGUAGUGACAAAAUAGCCAAAUGGAACGUCCUAGGUGUCCAGGGAGCUCUCCUCAGCGUCCUGAUUGAGCCUGUCUACGUCACUUCCAUUAUACUUGGAAAGCUUUUUCACCAAGGCCACCUCAGCCGUGCUGUGAGCAUGCGUGUUGAACGCGACAAUGAUAACAGGUUUUCAAACAAACUUCCUGGUUCUUACCAUGUCAAUCAUCCUAAACUGGAGCAGGGCCACCUUGUCAUGCAGGACCGCUCGCGAGAGAUUGAAACCAAAUGUAAAACCAAGGUGUUGUCAUUGAACUGGUCAGCGGGUCAGGACACGUCAGUUGAGGUGUUUGACGGCUGCCAGGGAAUUGCACCAAGCAAAAUGGGGAAGCCAUCUCGUCUAAGUCGACAGGCCUUGUACGCAAGCGUGAAAGAGGUUAUCAAACACAGCCAAGAUCUUGGACAUCGUCAAAUUCUUGAUGCACCGAGUUACCGCGGCGCUAAAGAACUGGCAUCAGACUAUCGAAAAACCAAAGCUAUGUUGUACAACCGCCUAAAGGAGACUGGGUAUGGCUCAUGGGAUUUGAUGAAAAAACCUCCGGAACUGAGCCAUUUUAAUUAAGGAUGUGUUUGCUAUGUUGAUAGUUUUACGUUAUCACAAAGGACAGAUUAUUACGAGUUCUGUCCUUUUCUCUGUUUUGUUUCGUACUUAACGUACAAAGACUGUAUCUAGGGCGCAGCCGGGGGUGUGCUCUUGUGCAUUUUAAUCCCCUCUCCCCUCCCUCCUUCUAUUAUCCAUAAGUCCCCUCCCCCUGUCCCUUGAAUUUUGUUUCCUUAUUGUGACUCAGUAUCUUUUCCAAAAAAAUACGUUGCUGUGAAAAAAGAUUGAGAAUAUACCAAUCAGAUUUGAGGAUGAGAUCAUCUACCUUGCGAUUUUUUAAAAUGUUAAUUUAUUUCCUUUUUUAUUCUGAGGGGAGGGGGUAGGAAAUCUCGCAACUUUUAAGGGCCUAUGUACAUGUAUAUUAGGGGAAACCCAAGGUAGAUUCGAGAGAGUGAUAAAUUCCCUAGUUGUGAAUAGUCAGCUGGGCCCAGUUGUUCGAAGGGAUAACGCUAUCCAGCGGAUAAACCGCUAUCUGAGCGGAUGAGAGUUAACAAAUCCGCAUUUGUCCAAUAUAUAUUGUUAUGUUAUCCAUCCUUCGGAAACUCGGGUCCGAAGUAAACAGGCUUGCUGUUGAGAGUAAAAUCCGAUGUUGUCAUUCCCACUGUCACGCAACACAGAAUGUCAGAGAAUACAUCUUUUAAUGAGCAGAAUGACUUAUGCAUGCUGCAUUUUAUUUUAAUAAUAAUAUAAAGAAAAAUUAUAUCGUGUUUAACCUACCGAAAUGAACUGAUGAAAAACUUUUAUAAGUCCGUGUUUUUGUAAGAGUAUUAGUUGUGCAAAAUUCAUGUCAUACCUAAAUGUUUUACUUCAUGAAAUAGUAGAGGAGUUUUCAAUUGAGCGUCGAAAAAAUAGAAUCAAGAUAAUUACAUCUACCAAUCGGAACAAAGGUUAACAUUAUUGUUAACCAGUGAGAACUCAAAGUAAACACAGGCAACCUGCUUGAAGCGCGGGAAAACGCGACUGACCAAGUUGGGAUUGGUUAUUGUUUUGCAUUUGAUUGGUAGAGGUCGUGCCGCGAGUAUUCUGGACCAAUCACAGAGUGAGGAAAAAACAAAACCAAAGCGGUCGUGGCGCGAGUAUUCUGGACCAAUCGCAGAGCGAAAGAAAAACAAAACCAAAGUAAUUUCGGACUAUUUUCGACUCUCAGUUGAAAGUGGCUCUAUUUUACAGUCCAGUAUUUGGGUCAAGUAACACGUAGCAGAUGGAACUUGCUCCAUGUAAGUUGACGAGUGAACCAACCAUAUCACAUAUGCUGCGAUUGAACUUUUACUCAGCAGCACAUUUAAUCAGUUUUUAGAACGUUUAUUUAUCUUUUUAAAAGUAUAUAAAUAAUAAUUUGUCUAUUCAACUGUGUUAUCAAUACAUAUUAAUGACGUAAAUGCCAUCUUCCCCUCAAAGGGUGUGUUUUAGAGUCAAAUCCAUGUGCGUGUGGAAUGGUUUUUGUGGUAAAUAUGGUUUACUACAAAGUAUUCGUGUUAUCUGUGUCAAUGUGUGGGAAAGAAGUGUGACUUAAGUUUGAUAUACUGAUAAUGAUAAUGUAAUUAUCAAAUUGUAUCGAAUUUCCACGGGAAAAUGUGUUUGAAAAUAGAGGGGAAAAAUCUACACAACAAGGUUAGCAUGUAGCAUGUAUCCAAGUGUGAUACGUAAUGUAAACAAGAUAAAAUAAAGAUCUCAUAUUCAUGAA